AUGGUUCCUUCGCAGGCGAAAAACCUGAGGAUCCUGGCUCCAGCUCCAGAUGCAAGGCCUUCUCGAGUGACAGACGUGGCUGUUAGGCCAGCCAAGAGAAAAUCGAAUGCGUGUGAUGCAUGUAAAAAAAAAAAGACCAGGUGCCGUGGAGACCACCCAUGUGAUGAAUGCAUUCAAGCAGGUACAGAAUGCUUGUUUGCCAGAGGCGUCGACAGACGGAAAAAACUUGCGUUGCACAAUACUGAGGAGGAGCUAAAUGGGAUCCUUUUGCUUCUUGAUCAGUUGGUGGCCGCCUUUGACAGUGGUAAUAACACAGAUGUUCAACGGCUCAUCAACAUAGCAAGAAGCAAACUGAAUACUAAGAAAGAUACUAAGUUGCAUAAGUGGUGCAGCCUCCAGGUAUACAUUGAUACUUCAUCAAUAAGUACACGCAUGGUGCUAAAUGUUACCCGAGGACCUGCAAUCACAGCUUCGCUUCUACGAGCAGCUAACCCAUAA